CUAACUCAGCUGCUGAGCCGAAUGAUGGUAGUAUUAGGAGGCAGUCUUAAACUGCCUUUCCCGUCGCCAUUACCAUGCAACCCUCACAAAGCACCGCCACAAAAACCAACUCUUUUGUUGCCCAAAUGCGCACUAACCAAACAAGCCCACCGCUUCCUCUCCACCCUGACCACCACCUCCACCACCUUGGGAGAUCCCUCAGCCACAGACAAGUUAAUACGCAAAUUUGUGGGAAGUUCACCAAAAUCCGUAGCUCUACACACCCUCUCCCAUCUACUCUCCCCACGCACCUCCCACCCCCACCUCUCCUCCCUCGCCCUCCCCUUGUACACGAGAAUCACUGAAACCUCUUGGUUCAGUUGGAACCCAAAGCUGGUAGCGGAGCUCGUGGCAUUGCUUGAUAAACAAGGCCAUUACAAUGAAUGGGAAAGGCUGAUUUCUGAAGCCGUUUCGAAGUUAGAGCAGCGAGAGCGAGAGCUCGUUCAUUUCUACUGCGAAUUGGUGGAGUCUCACUCCAAGCGAAGUUCAAAGCGAGGAUUUGAGGCUUCUUACGCUCAACUGAAUCAGCUUCUUCGUAGCUCCGCCUCUGUUUACGUCAAACGUCGAUGUUACGAAUCAAUGGUCGGGGGGUUGUGCGAAAUGGGUCGGCCUCGCGAGGCGGAAAACGUGUUUGAAGAAAUGCGCGUGAGAGGGCUGAAAGCGUCGCGGUUUGAGUUCAGGUCUGUUUUGUAUGCGUAUGGGAGAUUGGGAUUGUUUGAAGAUAUGCAGAGAAUCGUGCGCCAAAUGGAGAACGAAGGUUUGGGUAUAGACACUGUCUGUUCGAACAUGGUUCUUUCGGCAUAUGGAGCUCAUGACAAGCUGGCAGAAAUGGCUUCGAUGCUUCGGAAAAUGAAAGCUUUAAGCAUUCCCUUCUCAGUCAGGACGUACAACUCGGUCUUGAAUUCAUGCCCAAGAAUCAUGGCAAUGCUAGAAGUCAUCAAUGGUCUACCGCUUUCCAUUGAGGAGCUGAGUGGGGUUUUGAAUGGUGAUGAGGCUUUGGUGGUGGAAGAAUUGGUUGGGUCAUGUUCUGUUUUGGAGGAGGUAAUGGAGUGGGAUUCUUUGGAAGCUAAGUUGGAUUUGCAUGGAAUGCAUUUGGGUUCGGCCUACUUGAUAAUGUUGCAGUGGUUGGAGGAGUUGCGCCACUGUUUGAAGGAUGAGAAGCAUGUAAUUCCAGGGCAGGUUACCGUGGUCUGUGGGUCGGGAAAGCAUAGCAAUGUUAGAGGUAAAUCGCCGGUGAAGGGUUUGGUUAGAAAUAUGUUGGUUCGGAUGAAGAGUCCAAUGAGGAAUGAUAGGAAGAACAAUGGUUGUUUUAUUGGCAAGGGGAAAGUUGUGAGAGACUGGUUAUGCUGAUUGAUAGGAGAAACUGCAGAUCACGGAUUGGCUCACGAGUCAAAACAAUUCAGAUUUGAGAGCAAGGAAAUUGGCUGUUGUUAGUUUGCAUGUAAUAUAACAUAAUGGAUUGGAUCCAAAUCCAUGAGCUCAAAUUUUGGUCAAUAUUGUACCUCACUAGAUAGGCAAAAGAUCAUCCUUUACAGCUUGCCAUGAAUGCUAUACUUUCUUCCUUUUGUUUUUCGGGAAGCCUGGCUUUCAUUCUCCUGAAGGUAAUGAAGCUCUAUUCUCUCCAUGUAAACUAAAUC